UUUUGCUUUGUUAGCGAAUAGCGAGCGGUCAGACAAUCAAUCAGCUGCUGUUCAGUUGUGUUUUGCUCUUCCAGAAGAAGAUACCGUUUCAGCAGUGAAUCAUCUGGUCGUAAUAGUUUGAAUAAGUUUGAAAUAUGCUUCCUUUAUUCCGGCUUGAGUCGUAGUGUAAAUUGUUUUGUGUACUAUUUAGCAGGUAGUUUAUCAAGUGUCAGUGGAUUUUUUGUUCGUAUAUACAGUAGCACAAGUGUAUAAACAUACCACCAGGAAUAAAUUACACCGAGUGGUGCCCAAAAAUCGGCCAAGUAAUAGCACUUAACGCGAAGCACGCGAACCAGUGACUCAUCAAAACUUAACAUUGCUUGUCUCAAGCUAACGCCCUCCCGCUCGCGAAAAAGUGAAACGAUUCGCUUGGUAUGACAAUAGCAGUGAUUAUACCGCCCAAAUGACCCCAUCCGAGCAGCGACAGUGAAUCUUGAUAGUGAAAUAAACCGUCCUACCAAUUUGCCAGUAAUAUUAUAGCGCACGUUUAUAAAACACGCCGUCCGUCAAUCUUCAUAAGCGCGCUUUCCAAAAGUGGUUGUUCAACUCUACGCAGAAUCAGCUCCGAAACGGCAAUCUCCUAAGGCGAAAUCCGGCCUGCACCACGGCAAUCAUUAGCUAUAGAGGAACAACCCAAUUGGAUCGAACCGGGUGAAACCGUACCUUUCACAUUUGCCGUAGAAUGCCACCUACCGAACUGUCCGUUCCACUGACGGAAAAUGCACGUGCAAAAAAGACAACCGUGGUGAGUUCGAAUGGGAACGGUUCGGUGCCUUCCAACGGCUACGGGAAACCGUCGAUCGCAGAGGAAAUGGAGAAACCAACAAAGACAGCCACCAACGAGCAACCGGAUCAGCAGCAGCAACCACAACAACAACUUAGCUGCCUCGGCCGGCUGUCAUACAACGUGUCUAAUGCGAUCGGACAGUUUUUCUACAGACUUGGCCGCCACAUCGCAAAAAAUCCAUGGCGUACGAUAGUGAUAAGCUGGCUGGUGGUUGCCUGCUGUAGUCUAGGCUUCUUUCAGUUUCACAAGGAGAAGAGCCCCAUGAAGCUGUGGAUUCCUCACAAUUCCAAGUUUCUGCACGACACAAACUGGCUGACCGAGCACUUCGAGGAAGGAAACCGCAUAGAAACGGUAAUGCUCACGGCUCCGGACGUACUGACGCCUGAGGUUCUACAACAGCUAGCCUCCAUCACGGAGGAGGUUGUAGCACUGGAAGCGUCCGAUACCAAAGGCAGAAGCUACACGUGGAAGAAUGUCUGUUUCAAAGUUCCUUUAAUAGCCGAAUAUACCGCGAAUACCCGCCGUAAGCGUGAAGACCUUUCUAACGGCACCACCACGACGAAACGCCCAAAGAAGUCCAAACCAUUCUUCAAUCCGAGCGUAGAUCUACCAUCCUUUAUGUACUGUCCGAUGAUUGACAAACUACCGAUCGGUUGUAUGGAGUUUAGUAUACUAGAACUGUGGAAGUACGACCGCGAUGUGAUUGCACAACUGACGAAGGAGCAAAUCGUAGAGAAACUGAACAAAACGAAAAUAAGCCCAGUUACGGGUCACACCGUAGAUUUCACUGAACUGCUCGGAGGAGUCGAACGCGAUUGGAGUGGACGAAUCGUUUCUGCUAGCUCCGUGAAGACAAACUGGAUGCUGCAUGUUAACUUUUCCGAAGUGGAUCUUGACGUGAGUGGCAACAUUGCUGGCACGGAAGAUUGGGUAACGGAGGGUGCAUUGGCCUGGGAAGCUGCAUUUUUGGACAGGCUGCACGUUAUCAAGGAUAACUACACACACGGGGAUACCGAUCUGUUUUACGCAGCGGGCCGCAGCUAUGGAGAUAUCAGUGCAGAUUCCAUGUUUAAAGAUAUUGAUAAACUAUUGAUUGGGGGAGUGCUUAUGUUUAUCUAUAUGCAGCUGGUGCUUUCGAGAUUCAGUUGGACGGAAUUUCGGAUUAUCCUGGGUUCAAUUGGGUUACUGAACAUCUUGAUGGGAUUCGUAGCUGGCUGCGGUAUUGUGGCUGCUUUGGGAGUUUCAUACGGACCCGUCCACACCUGUUUACCAUUUCUUCUGAUGGGACUUGGAGUUGAUGACAUGUUCGUCAUGAUGGCUUGCUAUAGAAAAGUUCAAGAAGCUCAUUCCCAUCUUCCUCUACCGGAACGUAUGGGUUUGAUGUUGAAGCACGCGGGUGCUUCUAUUACAGUGACAUCGCUAACCGAUAUCGUCGCAUUUGCAGUAGGUUCGAUAACCGUAAUGCCAUCACUGCAGUCGUUUUGUAUCUACGCAGCAGCAGGAGUACUCAUGAUGUACUGCUUCGUAAUUACAUUCUAUGUUGCUAUCUUCACUUUGGAUGAACAACGUGUUGCUGCCCGGAGAAAUUCUUUCGCUCCUUGGAUAAUUCAUGGUGAAAAAUCUACCAAACUAUGGUGCCAGUAUAACCUCAUGUAUCGCUUCAUUGACGCCGUUUAUUCCAAAAUAAUUCUCACGAAAGUUGGUAAAACUUUGAUCAUCGUCGCUGUUAUCACUAUGACCGGUUUGAAUAUACAAAGUUUGCUGAAACUGCGUCAGAAAUUCGACCCAAACUGGUUUAUUCCAGAGGAUACAUAUUUUAGCAAAUUUAUUACCAAAAACAAGGAACAGUACCCUAAUAGCGGCUUUGAGGCUAGCCUACUGUUCGGAGACUACAACUAUACCGCUCACAUGAAAGACUUGAUCCAGCUUACGAAAGAACUAGAGAACCGUACCGAUAUCCUAAACAGUGUUAGCUCCUGGGCUGUACCUUUUCAAGACUUUGUGUAUACUUAUUAUGAUAUAGAUGUCGAUGAAGAGGAACUGAGUGACAAGAAGUUCCGUGACUAUCUAUCGAAGUUUCUCUUCAGCCAUGAUGGUGGCCGUUUUCAGAUGAAUUUCAAGUUCAAAACGAAACUAAAGUGUGGCAAACCAGCUCCGAAUAUCACGGUCACCACGAUUGAUUUUCGAUUCCGUCCGUUCAAAGAGCGUGACGAAUACCUGCCAGCAAAGCAUGCCGUAGAGAGUAUGCUCGCGACUAACCGCAUCAACAACGAGGAUCACUUCAGUACGCUGUGGGCAAAGAUUUUUGCCAACUGGGUUACCGACGAAAUCAUUGACACGGAAAUCUACCGAAACCUCGCCAUCGCUAUGGUUGGUGUGAUGUUCUGUACCGGUGCACUGAUCGUCAAUCCGCAGAUCUGCUUCUGGAUCUUCAUCUGCGUGCUGCUGACUUUGGUUAACGUCGGUGGUUUCAUGGAACGGUGGGGUCUUACGUUAGACCUUGUGUCGUGCAUCGGACUCCAGCUGGCUGUAGGUCUGUGCGUAGAUUACGCAGCACAUAUUGGGCACACAUUCCUGACAAUCGGUAAUGGCAAUCGCAAUAAGCGUGCACUAGAAACGGUCCUUCACAUCGGUGCAGCCGUUUUAUAUGGAGGUGGUUCCACAGUCCUUUCGCUCAGCGUGCUUUCCGGUUCCCAAGCGUAUACUUAUCGUACAUUCUUCAAAAUAUUUCUGUUGGUAAUUUUGCUUGGCCUAUUUCACGGCUUGGUGUUACUACCUGUGAUCCUUAGUCUGGUUGGACCUCCCCCUUACAGUGGUUUUGUGACCGAUUCAAACAACAUGCCCAACGAAUAUGAAAAAGAAAUGACGCUUGUUAACAACGAUCGGAAAUGGUUUAACCGACCGAAUUGUAGUCUAGUUCUAAACGAAGAGGAGCAACAGCCUAUGAAGGAGGAUACUUUAGCAUAAACAUUUAAAGAAUGAAAAUUUAUACAAUAGCGUCCCCAUGACUCAUUGCACCGAGUGCACAAAACUAACAAUAUCGCGAAUCCCCUCGCCAUAAGCACUAACUUUUAUUACGCUCUAACGCACGCCAACGGCUUCAGGAAGCCAUUGUGAUCUUAAUCAGUAGAUAAUUUAAGUAUUUUUAUAAAGUAGUUAUAACCUGGUGAAACAGGAUGAAAACAGAUGGAA